AAAGGUCCUUGAUUUUGAUUUUGCAACUACUGCACCGUACUACAGUACCUACCGUACCGGUACUAGAUACAUGGUGAGGCAAUUAGGCAUAAAUAAUGCAAGAGGAGAUGGGUUAUGUUGACUGCCAUUGUCAUCUUGCUGCACCUGAGUUUGCUGAUGAUCUAGAUAUUGUUGUGAAGCGAGGGAAGGAAGCAAACAUCAAAGCAAUCAUUGUUGUUCCUGAAUUUUUCACAGAAUUUGAAAGGACAUUGGAUAUUUGUGAACAAUAUUCAGACUUUUUGUUUCCUUGCCUUGGAAUCCAUCCAGUUCAGAGGGAUUCCGAACUCACAGAAAGAAGUGUGAUGCCAGAUGAUUUGAAGGAUGCAAUUCCAUUUAUUGAUUCACAUUACAAUGAAAUUGUUGGAAUAGGAGAAGUUGGACUUGAUUUCACACCUUUUUAUACCAAAGAAAUCGAUAGUAAAGAGAAACAAAGAGAAGUUUUACGUUUCCAGGCCGCUCUGGCUCAGAAGUAUGAUCUUCCAUUAAAUGUACACUCACGGUCAGCAGGUAGGCCGACAAUAAAAGCAUUGAAGGAAUGUGGUGCAACAAAAGUUGUGUUGCAUGCAUACAGCGGGAAUGCAGCUUCUGCAAUGGAAGGAGUUCAAGCCGGUUAUUAUUUUUCUAUACCACCCUGUAUUGUGAGGAGUGAACAGAAACAAAACAUUGUCAAACGAAUUCCAAUGGACAAUAUUUUACUUGAAACUGAUUCACCAGCUUUAGGACCAGAAAAGCAGGUCAGAAAUGAACCGAGUAAUAUUACAAUAUCAUGCGAGUGGAUUGCGAAAAUAAAAGGUAUUUCAGUGGAAGACGUACAAAAAAUCACAACAGAAAAUGCAUGCAAGUUGUUUCCAAAGCUAAAAAGCGUAUUACUGGAGUGAUGUGGACAUUUGAAAUAGAGGCAGAGUUGA